ACACGCUAAUUAAAUAUUAAUAAUGGGCUCGAUAUCUUCAGCGUCCCUACGUACAGAAAGACAUAAAAUUAAAGUUAAAAAAGAACGUUCACUCGUUCAGGAUACCCUGCAACUUGCUCACCAAGCUCUCACUCUUCGUCAUCAUCGAUGGCCAACUCGGCCUCGGACUCAGCUUCCCCUCCCCACCACCGACCCCAACAAGAACACGCACCCCCAAGAUUGUCAUGGCGUUCUACUCUGCUGUUUACAUUCCUGGCUCCUGUUAUAGCCGCCGUGGUGCUCUACCGACUCGAUUCAUUUGACCCGGCUCACAUGCCUGUCGACGACCUCACUUAUCCGGGAUUGAAAGUGUCGAAGCGUAACGAUCGCAUGUUGCAAGGAGCGGAACUGCUGGGCCUGGGAGUCCUCCGGGGACCUGAAGAUAUUGUUUAUGACUCUCGGUUUAACGUCGUUUACACGGGUUGUGAAGACGGGUGGAUCAAACGAGUCACGCUCAAUAACUCGGUGAUUGAGAAGUGGAUCAACACCGGCGGUAGACCGCUUGGACUAGCUCUUCGACAUAACGAAUUCAUCGUUGCUGAUGCUUACAAGGGGCUGCUGAAGAUAAAUGGAAAUGAAAUAAUUGAGCUGCUAACGGAUGAGGCAGAGGGUCAAAAGUUCAAGCUGACCGAUGCUGUAGAAAUUGCUGAAGAUGGCAUCAUAUAUUUUACAGAUGCUUCAUAUAAAUAUAAUUUAGCUGAUUAUAUCUGGGACAUUUUAGAGGGCAAACCUUUUGGCAGAUUACUGAGUUUUGAUCCUGUAACGAAGGAGACCAAGGUGUUGCUUCAUCAUCUCUACUUCGCCAAUGGAAUCACAAUCUCUCCGGAUCAAUCUUUUCUAGUGUUUUGUGAAACCCCUAUGAGAAGGUGCAGUAAGUAUUAUAUUAAAGGGAAGGAAUCAGGACGUGUGGAAAAGUUCAUUGAGAAUUUGCCUGGCUUUCCUGAUAACAUUCACUAUGAUGGCCAAGGUCUUUACUGGAUUGCAAUCGCCUCGGAAUUCUCGAAAUUCUGGGCUCUGGCGAUUAGAUACCCUGUCAUCCGAAAGUUUGUCGGAAUUGUGCUUAAAUACAUGGGGCUACCACAAAUGACCAAAAAUGGUGGGGCUGUGGCUGUUGAUUUGGAAGGAAAAUCGAUUGCUCACUAUCACGAUCCUGGAAUACCAAUAAUUUCUAGUGCGAUCAAGAUUGGAGAUCAUCUGUACUGUGGUUCCGUAGACAACCACUACAUGCUGCGUCUCGACCUGAAUCAAUAUCCCGCCGUAUGAAUGAGUAAUCCUCAAUGUGAUCUGAUCACAAAUGAUAUUACUUUCAGCUGAAUAAUAAUAACAUUUCCAAAACAGAUGCAUUGAGUAAUCCUCAAUCCUUAAAAUCUUUUAUAUUACAUUUUUGUUUUUAAUUACAAAGUGAAAUAUUUUAUUUUUUUUAA